GCCGCUGGCGGAGAUCCGGCAGGGUUUCCUGGAGGGGGAGCUUUAGCGCCCGCUCUCGGGUAGUUGUGCUGCUCCCAGGUUUGUGAAACUUUGCAAAGUUCCCAGGCCGCCCGCGGGCAGGAGCGCCCCCAGCGCGGGCAUGGUGGGGCUGGCCGGCCGCGGCAAGUGGUGGGGCAGGCGGGGCCGGACCCCCCGGGGAGCAGGGGCGUUGCUGGCCCUGGGGCUGCUGGCGGCACUGGGUUUCCUGCUGUGGCGACGCGUCCCCCCGGAGAGCGAUGCUGCGCGUCCUGCCCGCGGGGCCCCCCAGCCGCCACUGUCCGGGGACCCCGAGCGCCUGCGGAGACCCGUGUACGAGAAGCCGCCCCUGGAGCCUGGGGCGCUGGGCGAGCUGGGCCAGGCUGUGCGGCUGGAGCUGAGCCCGGCCGAGAAGAACCGCCAGGAGGAGAGUAUCCGGCAUCACCAGAUUAACAUCUACCUGAGCGACCGCAUCUCCCUACACCGCCGCCUGCCCGAGCGCUGGAACCCGCUGUGCAAAGAGAAGAAAUAUGAUUAUUAUAACCUGCCAAAAACCUCAGUUGUAAUAGCUUUUUAUAAUGAGGCUUGGUCAACACUUCUGCGAACAGUUCAUAGUGUUCUUGAGACAUCCCCAGAUAUUCUGCUGGAAGAAGUUAUCCUGGUGGAUGAUUAUAGUGACAAAGACCAUUUAAAGAAACCUUUGGAAAACUACGUGGCUGGUUUACGCAAGGUACGUCUUAUUCGUGCAAAUAAAAGAGAAGGACUGGUUCGAGCUCGACUUCUGGGAGCUUCUCUUGCGAAAGGGGAUGUUUUGACAUUUCUUGAUUGCCACUGUGAGUGUCAUGAAGGGUGGCUUGAACCACUACUGGAAAGAAUUGGGGAAGAUGAGUCAGCAGUUGUGUGUCCUGUGAUCGAUGUGAUUGAAUGGAAUACGUUCGAGUACUUGGGAAAUGCUGGGGAGCCACAGAUUGGAGGGUUUGACUGGAGACUGGUCUUCACUUGGCAUGUUAUCCCAGAGAGGGAGCAAAAACAAAGACGGUCCAAAACUGAUGUAAUCAGGUCUCCAACUAUGGCUGGUGGAUUGUUUGCUGUCAGCAAGAAAUAUUUUGACUAUCUUGGCUCCUAUGACACAGGAAUGGAAGUAUGGGGAGGAGAAAACCUUGAAUUCUCAUUUAGGAUCUGGCAGUGUGGAGGAAGUCUUGAGAUCCACCCAUGUUCUCAUGUAGGUCAUGUUUUCCCCAAACAAGCUCCCUACUCACGCGCCAAGGCCCUGGCUAACAGUGUACGUGCAGCAGAAGUUUGGAUGGACGAAUACAAAGAGCUUUAUUACCACCGAAAUCCACAUGCACGUAUGGAACCCUAUGGAGAUGUGACAGAAAGGAGGCUGCUUCGAGAGAAGCUCAGAUGUAAAGACUUCAAAUGGUUCUUGGAGAAUAUUUACCCUGAACUUCAUGUACCUGAAGACAGAGCUGGCUUCUUUGGAAUGCUGAAAAAUAGAGGAAUGACAAAUUACUGCUUUGAUUAUAAUCCUCCAAAUGAUCAUGAAGUAACAGGGCACAGAAUCAUAUUAUAUCCAUGCCACGGCAUGGGACAAAAUCAGUUUUUCGAAUAUACAUCUCAUAAUGAAAUACGUUACAACACCCGGCAGCCUGAAGCCUGUGCAGCAGUUGAUUCCGGGACUGACUAUUUGACAAUGUACUUGUGUCAAGACAAUGUUCAAAAUAUUCCUGAAAAUCAGAAAUUUGUUUUCAGAGAGGAUGGUACUUUGUUCCAUGUACAAACCCAGAAGUGCCUACAAGCCGAAUCUAACUCUUACAAUGGCAAUCCAGCACCAUUAUUGCGACCAUGUAGCAAUUCAGAAUACCAAAAAUGGUUCUUCAAAGAAAGAAGUUGAUCCAGAUGUCAUCAACUGCAUGGCAGAAUAUGAAAAUAUUAACUUUCUAGUCAGCAGCUAGGAAAUCUGUGGACAAAGUACAUAGCUGAUCUAUUUUUGUAUGAAAAGAGUUGUAACUUGUUUACAAGUUGUAAACCUUGUUUUCUGGAGCACUAAAAGACAUUAAGUGUUGAACUCUAUUGAACGAGCACUGUGAAUAUACUGUGCUGCAGAAAUCUCCUCUUCCACUGUUCUCUUUACUUGGCAGCUAUACUGUUUCUAAAAUGUUUUAUGUUUUUCAUACAUGACUAUAUUUUUUUAACCUACUGUGUGCAAGUAAGGAAGUGAAAGUAAUUGCACUAAAGCUAUCUGCCAGUAACUUUAAAAUCUUUAUUUUUCUAAAACAUUCUACAGUGGUAGCUUUUUAACAGAUAUUAGCUAAGGAUUCUUCUUUUAAAUUCCAAAAAUGUAAGUUUAGGUCAAAUUCUGCCCUGAGAUGUGAAAGUCAAGCAGAGCUCUCAUUGAAAUCAAUGUGGAGUCACACAUCUACAUCUCAAGCCAGACUAGGUCCUCAUAAUUUUGCACAAAUAACACUCCAGAUUGCACAUAUUUUACUGAAUGUUAUAACAUUUUAAAUGUUCAUGGUACUUGACAGAUUCCUAAUAAAGCUGCUUAAGGUUAUCUUUGGAGUAAAAUUAGUGAUUAUUUACUGAUCUUUCGUUAGUGUAAGAAAUAAAGCACCAAUACUAAAAAUAAAUUUGUGGGGAAAAAUUAAAUUCAUAUGGGGCCCAAUCUUAGAAGUGUGUAGUAUGUACUUCAAAUGGAAGUUCUGCAUGCACAAAUCGUUCAAGAUCUCACUCAUAGACACUAAAGCUUUAAUUCAAAGUUCAGUUUUUAAGCAAAUACAUUUAAAAAUGGAUAACUUCAGUUUCAUUGCUACUGUUAAUGCACUCCUUUUCUACAAAAAUCAUUGAAACAAAAAUUGUUUUGUAAUAAAUUUAAGUGAUAAGAUUGUAAUUGAUGCUAAUCUAAACAUUUGUCUUCAUGAUUGUAAUUGUUUUCUAAGAAUUUUGAUUAUGAAUAACAAGCUGUUCAAUUCAUCAUGUACAUUCCUACUGAAGUCUGGAUAUUUAAUUAGCAUCUAUACAAGAUGAUGUUUGCUUAGAGCAUAGGAAUUGCCAUACUAAAUCAGACAAGUUAUCAUAGUCCAGUAGUUUGUCUUUGACAGUGGUCAGCAACAGAUGCUUCAGCCCAUAGAGCAAGUUUCUUCCUUAUCACUGUCAGAGGUCCACUUAUGUGCUAAAGCAUGAGUGUUUAUAUCUCUUCCAGAAUACUUAUUCUUUUAUCCUUACUUUUGUAAUUGUGGACGUUCUUGUUAUCCAUAUAAACAUCCAUACCUUUUCUGAAUCCUGGUGAACUCAUGUCAUAUUUGCAUACUUAUUUCAUGAUUGUUGGGGACUGUGUGCCUUUAGAGAAUAUGUAUGUAGGUUCUUCCAAGAUUGUUGCAAAACUAAUGUUUUUAUAAGCACCUUUACAAUUCUGUCUCUGUGGAUUUGGUUGAUGAAACUGAUAUUGGAUCUAAUAAAAUAAUUUGUGAAUUAAUA